AUGGCUUUCCCAGCAUCCAACCAGGCCCUCGACCAGAUCGUGAAGGGAGCUCCCCCGCCAAACACAAAUGUCCAUGACGUCGCCGCCUCAGCCUAUGCGAACCCACCGCCGUACUCCGCUCACCAACCCGCGUCGACCGCCCACCAUGACCGCCUCGCUUCCCUUAAGACACCGCGCGUGCCGUACCCGCCAUCAGACCCGACAUCUCUCCUCCCCUCCUCCCCGCCGCAGAUAUACCUCAAUCUCCUUAUCCUCGAAGCCUCGCUCCGCAGCCAAUAUUUGACUCUCCGCGCACGCAAAAGGCAAAACACGUUUGUCUUGACACUACUGGCAAUAUGGAUUGCCUUCUUCUUCUACCUCCUGUGGCUACGGCCGCGAGAAGACGGCAAAGGCAUCGGCGGCUCCAAAUACUGGCUCGUCGACUCAUUCCAAAAGAUGUGCUUCAUCACGGGCCUCGUCACCGCGCUGCUCUUCUGGGCGACUGGGCAGUGGGAGCGCGGCAUGCGGUGGCCGCGGCGGUGGAUCAGCGUUGCUAAUCGCGGCCUUCGUGGCACGAAUGCGAAGAUCGUUGUGAUAAGGGGGAGCUGGGCGCAUGAGGUUGCGGGCUGGCUGGCUUUCAUGCUGCCCUUUAGCGGGGGACUGUGGGGCGGCGAGACGGGUGGGAGCAGCUACCAUUUUGUAAAUCUUUCGCAAGAAAAGAGAAGUGAUCUCUCGGAGGGCUUUCCCAGACACAGAAUCGUCGAGGACGGGAAAGAGUAUGCUGAAGAGGACAUCGCGCCGGGCGGUGAUCUCAUCAAGCUUAUCUUGUUGCCGAAGCCGUUCACGCCAGACUUCAGAGAGGGAUGGGAAAUCUACCGAGCAGAGUACUGGGGCAGGGAGAACGAGCGUCGCGGCGAACUGAGACGAAGAAUCCGCGCCCGACAGCGUGAAGUUGCUCGAGCUGAGGGUGGAUGGUUGUGGUGGACUGGAUGGCGAGGCUGGAAGCGUGCAAAAGGGGCGACCGGUCGAAGCAGCGACAUUCACCACCCACACCACCAACGUUCGCACUCACAUCAGCUAUCCGCGUCAAACUCCUUCAAAGAGCGCAAGAGGAGGCCCAGCGUACUCAGAGGCCGAGAAGGCUCGUAUUCGCGCUCCUCGUCCCGAAGCACCACGCCCACUCCUGACAUGGAAGACCGUCUGGCAUCCCACUCCCGCGAGCGCAGAUGGAGCAACAGCACAACAGGCAGCACAGCCUCGUACACCUCGUCCCGCCCUACGCGAGGUGCGAAGAAGCCCUCUUUCAACCUAGGUUCCGGCCCCGCUUCAGCAGCGCUUGCUCGUCAGCCUUCGUCCAGGCUAUCGUCCAGCAGCAGUAGACCAGAGAGCAACAGCCGACCCGGGACCCCCAACGAGAGUUUGCCCUGGCAGAGCAAGAGAGCUAGCACGUUGAGCACCACGGAGAGCGCACGCGACUACGAAGCCGAUGCAAGUGGGUUCGAAGAGAGCAACAUAGGAAGCAUGGGGCCGCCACCCAGACCACAGGCCGUGCGAAGGGGAAGCGGGGAAAGGGGCAGUGGAAAUGUGUUCCCCAAUGCGCCGAGUGCAUGA